AUGGGUCACAGGACCGCCUCGCGAAAGCCUCACCUUUUGACCGAUCGGCAGCCGGCAGACGACAUACCUCCAGUCAAGAGCCGUGCCUCCCAUCUCGCAAUGGAGGAAACCGGGGACCGUCACCACGUCCACGGGCCAAAAUCGGCCUUGGCCUACACUGUCCGUACAGCACCAGGCAGCAUCACCAUCGUCGUUGUCCUUCUCGCUUCAGCUCACCAAGGGGGGGGGGGGUGUAUCUGGGAACACUUUGAUCUUCUCAACUUCCAUACAUGA